AUGUUCCAUCUGUCUACCGAGAUCUAUAGGAAUUUACCUGUGUCUGUCUGUAACAGUUUUUUCAACAGGCAAAGCCGUCCUUUAUAUUGUUUCUAUUUAAAGGAGAGUCACAGAUUAAACAAAAAAUUUAAUUUUCUACUAUCUAAACAACGAAACAUAAACAGUCCUAAACCGAUCCACUAUUAUUGUUAUCAAUAUCCUUCAACAGCGAAUAAUAAUUUUGUUCCCCAACGGCGUUUCAAAUGGUCGUUUGAUAAAAAUGAGUUACCAUCUAAUAACAUUUUUGAAGUUCUGAUUGAUCCUAACACAUAUUCUAACUCAUUUACUAAUCUGAAUGUGAUCAAUGAGAAAUGGUUUGUCAAUCUAUCCAUGGUGAACUUCCCUCCUGAAAUCCAAUGUUUUUUGCAAUUGGGUGAGAAUUUUAGCUUACCUCCCAUCAAUACACCCAUCCUAACGAUCGAAUUUAUCAAACACAUUGAAUGCAAUCUCCGGAAGCUUUCUCCUGCAUCUAGAAUUCCCAUCAGAGAUAAAUUAAAAUCCAUCAUUAAAAAUAUUCCGUCUUAUUCGUUUCCUAGGAAUUCACAUAAUGAUUGGUUGACACGGCUUUACCUGACUACUAAAAAUUUUCUCCAGAACAACAAAGAUCUCAUCCUCACACGGGCUGAUAAGGGUAAUGUCACGGUGGCUCUUGAUAAAUUCGACUAUUUGAACAAAGUUGGUGAUUUACUUAGGGAUGAGAACACUUAUACAAUAAUCAACAAAGAUCCUACUAAAAAACUAAUUUCCAACCUGAAGGAGCUACUAUCCAGAUGGAAAAACCAUGGUUACAUCUCUAAUACUACCUAUAAAUCUCUCCUAUUUACCGAUGGCACCUUACCUAGAGCUUAUGGUUUGCCUAAAAUACAUAAGAUCAACUUUCUUUUCAGACUCAUUGUCUCUUCCAUCAAUAGCCCUCUUUAUUCUCUUGCCUUAUUUUUACACAAGAUCAUGAUCAAGAACUUUCCUACUGCCUCUAGUCAUAUAAAUAACAGUUUCGAUUUGGUGCAGAAUUUGGCCGAUGUUCACUUGGAUGACGACUCUUUAUUGAUCUCGUUGGAUGCAAUUUCCCUGUUUACGAACAUUCCCACGGAUUUGGCUCUUUCUAGCGUUUCUAGCAGAUGGAGUUUUAUACGUGAUGUUUGUGGUUUGCCUGAAUCCGAGUUCUUGAGUGCAGUCAGAUUUGUUUUAAACUCUACGUUUUUUACUUUUAACAACAUUAUUUAUAAGCAAACUUUCGGUACUCCUAUGGGAUCUCCCUUAUCGCCGAUUAUUGCUGACAUAGUGCUACAGGACUUAGAAGAGAAAGCUUUGAAUAUUUUAAGAUUCACCCCCCGGUUAUAUUUUAGAUACGUUGACGAUAUUCUAAUGACGGUCCCUUCUGACUCCAUCGACUCGACUCUUUCUAUUUUUAACUCCUUUCAUGACAGAUUACAAUUUACUUUUGAAUUAGAGGUUGACAGAAAAAUUAAUUUUUUAGACGUAACCAUAAUAGUUGAAAAUAACGUUUUAAUAUUUGACUGGUUCCAAAAAUCCACAUUUUCGGGCAGAUAUUUAAAUUAUCACUCUCAACAUCCACUCUGCCAAAAGAAAGGCACAUAA